AUGGCCAACGAACAAGGCCUCUUCUCCGUCCGACGACCCCGAGAAACCCUCGGCGGCCUCAAUACCAAUCUCACCGGCAUCCCAGUGCCAGCCUCCGCUAUGAAGCGCUCCAACUCAAACUCGAAUAUGGCAGGCCGCGGCAUGGGCGGUCGCAUGUCCCUCGCACCAGGCAUGGGCAUGGGUCGACCUGCGCAGCCGAACUUCCAUCGCUCCUCGUCAGGAAACAAUCUCGCAGACAUGGCCUCCUCUACCUCGUCCGCGAAGCGCCAAUCCAUGGCGCCCAACAUGUUCAGCAGCAGCAGGAAGAGCUUUGCGCCUGGCGUCAUGUCCACGCCUGCAGCAGCGCCGGCUGCCCUUGAUAAAGGGUCACAACGGCGCAGCAGCAUCUGGGGAGCGCGCCCGUCCAAUGGACUCAGUGGGGCCAUGGGUGUUCACCAGAGCUUCUUCACCACCGCCCCGCCUGCCGCAGCCAUCCCACAAGACCCACGCCGCCUGAAGGACCCCAGCGUCCGCUCGCAGAUGGCGCACGAGCUCAGCGAGUACCUGACCCGCAAUAACUUUGAGAUGGACAUGAAACACUCCCUCACCCACAAGUCGUUCAGCUCGCCCACGCAAAAGGACUUCAACUGCAUGUUCCAGUGGUUGUACCACCGCAUUGACCCCAGUUACCGCUUCCAGAAGAACAUCGACCAGGAGGUCCCUCCGCUUUUGAAGCAGAUGCGAUACCCCUUCGAAAAAAGCAUCAUGAAGUCUCAAAUUGCAGCAGUUGGCGGCAACAACUGGUCGACCUUCCUCGGUUUGCUGCACUGGAUGAUGCAACUUUCCCAGAUGAUUGAGCACUACGCAUCCGGCGCCUACGACGAGGCCUCAAUGGAAGCCGGAUUCGAUGUCGCCGGCGACAGGAUCGUUUUCCAGUUCCUUACUGAUGCUUACCGCGAUUGGCUACAAGUGGACGACGAUGCCGACGAGGAAGAAGCCGACCAGGUCAUCUCGAGGCAUGUCCAAAACAUGGCCGCCAAGUUCGACGAUGCAAAUGCCGGACACCUGGAGCAAGUCAAGGUUUUGGAGGCCGAGCAUCAGGCGCUGCAGGAUCAAAUCGACGAGCUUAGCAAGAACGGGCCCAGGAUAGCCAAGCUAGACGAGCAGAUCAAGAUCCUCGAGGAAGACCGCAUCAAGUUCGAAGAAUGGAACAACAAGGUGGAGACAAAGGUGAAGAAGACUGAAAGCCGGGCCAAGCUCCUAGAUGACGAGAUCAAGAAGGUCGAGGCCGAACUGGAGGAGGCUGAGCAGGAAAAGACGAACCUGCAAGCCAUGGUCGACCAGCAGGGAAUCACCAUUCAGGACAUCGAUCGCAUGAACACGGAGCGCGAGCGUCUGCAGAAGAGUGCAGAGUCGACAAACGUCCGGCUGGAGGAGACUAGAAGGAAGAUCGCCGAGAAGGAGCUGGACGCGACUAGGAAGUUGGACGAGCUCGAGAGAACUGUGGAGAAGUACAACUCGCAGGGCUACGAGAUAGGCAUUAUCCCCGCCACCGCCCCUCGGGCUAAUGGCGCGGACUUUGAGCUAGUGCUCACGCUCAGCGAGCUGCCUUUCAACUCAUCCCAGAUGGAUACGACGUCGGAGAAAUUGCUCACCAGCGCGGGCAACGGCUACCAGUAUCACGACCUUCUCAACCACGACCCUAGAAGAGAGCUGAAGAACGCGAUUCUUGGCUUGCGGAAGGAUAUUCGUGACCGGAUGAGCGCGGCCCAGGAGGCUGAUUUUGAAAACCACGAGAUGCUGGACAAAGUCAAGGAAGCCAUGGAUGACAAGCUCUCCGAGGUGGAGGCUCUCGGCCACAGAGUACGUGCUGCGGAGGAGGAGUUCGAGAAGACGAGGGAAAUCACAACGGCGCAGAAGAUGGGGUCGGAUACGCAGAUCGAGCGCAUGGAGAAGGAGUUGGCGAAGAUGCGCGCCAGCUUGUCCGAGAGCGUGCAGCUCAUGGAACAGAGGGAGAUGAACACCAAUAUCGAGUACGAGCAGUUGCAGCUACGCGCCAACGACAUCCGUGAGCAGUUGCACACGGAGAUUGAGCGCAUCCUCAACGACGUCAUCAAGUGGAAGAUUGCCAUCCAAGGCGAGCUAUCUAAUUUUGAGGAUGAAGUGGAGAAACAUCAGCGCGAGACGGAGCAGAAGUCGACGACUCCAGUGGAUGCUGACAAUGAUGAUGUCAUGGAGGACGUUGAAACAUCCGUCAAGCUUCCCGGUGCGACAAUGACGACCUCAACCACCGGCUCCGAUGAUGAGGAGUACGUCAAGGGCGCCAUCGAGGUCGUAAAGGACACGCUCCUCUCACCCCUCCGCCGCGCCUUCUCCAAGCCCGCCCGGCGCGCCUACAUCCAGACCGCGCUCCUCCUCCUCGGCACGCUCGGCCUCGCCGGCGUCGCCAUCGCCUCCUACUCGGUCUUCUACUUCGCCUACGUCCCCUACCGCGGCUUCACCGUGCCCGUGCACUUGCAGUACCCGUCAUCGUCCGCCAUCACAUCCCCGCAACAACAAAACGCCAACGCCAACGCCAACGCCCGCUCCUUCGCCGAACUCCGCGACGAACUAUGCCUGGGCCUAUCAUCGUCGGAGAAGCGCGACGGGAGGAGGAGGAGCGAGGGCGACGUCGCAGCGUACCACCCCUGGGGCACGGCGGCGGGCAUCCGCCAGUGGCUCGUCGCGGACCAGCGGUACGACGUGCGCGUCGAGCUGGACAUGCCGCGCACCCGGGCGAACCGCGAGGCGGGCAACUUCAUGGUCGAGCUGGCGCUGCUGGGGCCGGCGGGGGCGACGGCGACGGCGACGGCGGGGUCGGGGAUUGUGGGGGCGUAUGGGGAGGGGGGAGGAGGGGCCGGCGCGGGGGACGGUGUGGGGAAGAAGAAGGAGGAUGUCGUGUUGGCGGUGUCGAGGAGGCCGGCCAUCUUGACGUGGUAUAGCGAUGUGGUGGAGAAUGUGAACAAGGCGGUGGAGAUGCCGUGGUAUCUGCUCGGCUGGCGGAGGGAGGCGGAGAGGUUGGUGGUGGGGAUGAUGGAGGGGGUGAGGUUUGAGAGGGGGUGGGGGAACGUGCCGGAGGCGUUGAGGGUGGAGCUGCGGGCGGUGGAGAGGCUGCAGGUGUAUGCGGUGAGGGUUAUGUUUGAGGCGAAGCUGCAAGGUUUGAGGUAUCUCAUGUACAACUUCCGCUUCACCUCUGCCCUCGUCUUCAUCACCCUCUUCUGGACCGUCGAACUCGUCUUCAUGAUCCUCGCCUGGCUUGCCCUCUCCCACGUCUUCUCGCCCACCCCUGCCGGCAGCAAAGUCGCCAAACCCGACGGCCAACCCGACCGACCCCCCACGAAACCCGACGAGGAAGAAACCGAGUACGACCUCAACAAGAUCAAGACGGAGCCAGAGGAUGAGACGGAAGAAACGACCGACGUCCCCGACCUCUCUGACACGCCGCGUACCUUCCCUACGUACAGGGGCCAACAGCCGCUGCGGUACGAGUCGCCCCGCGUCAAGAGCGAGGAUGAGGACGACGAGGGGACGACGGAGUCGGCGGUUGAUAUUGGUGGCGUGGCGCCUGAGCAGGAGGCUGAUGAUGAGGAUGAUGAGGAUGCCGACUUUGUGCUUGAUACGGCGGGGAGGUAUAUGGAAAGGGACUCUGGACUGGGGACGAGCAUGGAAAGCGGGCAGGACAGGAGGAGGGAGGCUAUUAGGAAGAGGAGGUCUGGGUUCUUCGGUGGUAGUGGGGGUGGUGAGUAG